AUGGAAAUUGCGAAGGAAAAAUAUUACCCUAAUCCUAGGGAGAAAGCUAACCCGCUUUCUGUUUUACUAUUCGGGUAUGCUUUACCGAUGUUUAAAAAAGGAUACAGUAAAAAUUUAGAAGUAGAAGAUUUAUAUAAUCCUCUGGCAGCAGACAGGAGUCAGUUUUUAGGAAACAAAUUGCAACUUUAUUGGAAUAACCAAAUAGAAAAGGCGAAGAAAACGAACUCGGAGCCCAGCCUACUAAAGGCCUUGAUCAACACAUUUUGGUGGGAUUACCUAUAUUUGGGAGUAUUGAUAGGUGUGAACGAUUUGGGGCUGAAGAUCGUCCAGCCCUUCCUCUUAGGGCUCCUGCUAGAUUACUUCAAUCCAGAGCUGGAAGUGCCCAAGGAACGGGCCUACCUCUACGCCGGUUUAAUAGUAUUGUUUAAUUUCCUCUCGAUUUUCUUAUCGAAUCAAUACAUGUUGGGCGCUUUCCAUGCAGGAAUGAGAGUGCGAGCCGCCUGUUGUGCUCUUAUAUACAGAAAGGCGGUGAAAUUGAGCAAAACAGCUUUGGGAGAUUCGGCGUCCGGUAAAAUAGUGAAUUUACUAUCAAAUGACGUUAGCAGAUUCGAUUUGGUGUCGUUGUUCCUGCAUCAAAUGUGGGCAGGACCUUGCGGAGCUUUAAUUGUAAUGGUUCUUUUGUACAGAGAUGCUGGAUACGCCGGUAUCAUUGGAAUAUUUGCUGUGUUUGCUAUAGUACUGCUACAAGCUUACACUGGUAAAUUAUCUGCGAAAUACAGGCAUCAAACAGCAAUGAGGACGGACGAAAGAGUGAGAUUAAUGGACGAAAUCAUAUCGGGAAUACAAGUAAUUAAAAUGUACGCUUGGGAAAUUCCUUUCCAAAAAAUCGUCAGAUUAGCCAGGAGGUCAGAAAUUAAGAUCAUCACUAAAUCAUCUUACGUGAGAGCUACUUUUAUGGCGUUUAAUCUAUUCACCACCAGAGUGGCCUUGUUCUGUUCUUUACUCACGUUCGUUUUAUCGGGUGAAAUUAUAACAGCUUCGAGGGUUUACGUGUUUAGUUCUUAUUUCAACCUUCUCUCGAUGACGAUGGGUGCUAUGUUCGUGAGAGGAAUAUCAGAAAUAGCUGAAUUGAGCGUGGCAAUAAAGAGAAUACGCCAAUUUCUGAUGAAUGACGAAUACGAUCCGACUAAAACUCAUUCGUUUAAUUACGCUAAUGUUAAAAGCAUCGACGAUAUGAAGGAUAUAAUAACGCUAAAAGAUUUGACGGUAAAAUGGAAUAUAAGCCAUAGCGACGAUGCAUUGAAAGACAUCAAUGUGAAUAUAGCUGAUGGACAGUUAUUGGGGAUUAUUGGACCUGUUGGUAGCGGUAAAAGUUCUUUACUGCAGACUAUUCUAGGUGAAUUGGUGGUGGUGAAAGGAGAUAUGGCUAUACGUGGACAAGUUUCCUACGCCUCACAAGAACCAUGGGUUUUUGCAGCUACCGUACGACAAAACAUCCUCUUUGGCGAAGAAUACGAUAAAAAACGUUACAACGAAGUAAUUCACGCGUGCGCUUUGGAGACUGAUUUUAAACAAUUCGCCAACGGCGACUUGACUAUUGUGGGCGACAGAGGAGCAUCUUUAAGCGGUGGUCAAAAAGCCAGAAUUAAUUUAGCAAGAGCUGUAUACAGAGAAGCUGAUAUUUACCUCCUCGACGAUCCCCUAUCAGCAGUCGACAUUCACGUUUCUAAACAUUUAUACGAUAAAUGCAUCAACGGUUACCUGGCAAAUAGAACGAGGAUUUUGGUCACCCAUCAAGUGCAUUAUUUGAAGAACGCUGACCACAUAAUUAUACUAAAUAAUGGAUGCAUAGAAGACGAAGGAAGUUUCACCUCGUUAACAAAAAGUGAAAACGUCUACGCCAAAUUGUUAACCAGCGAUCCGGAAGCGACCGAUGCGGAAAAACAGAAACAAAGCAAAUCCACUUACGCAAGACAAAUGUCCCAAAGAAGCCGCAGGGGCUCAAUGGCGAGUCUCAUCAGCGACGUGAACAUAGCAGAUGCUCUGCUAUCCGAGAACAUGUACGAUGACGAAGGACAAGCCGAAGAGAACGAGAAAGAAGAAGAAUUCGAUGUGAAGAACCUCCAAGAGGAAACGUCCAGGGGAAAAGUGCACGGAUCGCUGCUGUUCAAAUACAUUUCGGCUGGCAGUGGAGUAAUUGCGGCCGCAAUAAUAGUGUUUUUGUUCCUUGCGACCCAAGUGGGCGUCAGCGGGGUCGAUUACUGGGUGAGCUAUUGGGUGAACAUUGAAGAAUACAGGAAUCACACAGAUGACUACAUCGCCUCUGGACCGCUCAGCAUUAAAUUAGUGGAUUGGAGCACGGAUACUUGUCUAUACAUUUACAGCGGAAUUCUGCUUAUGCUCUUCAUUUUGGCUGGAACCAGAUCGUUUGCUUACUACAAAGUGUGCAUGGUGAGCUCCAGAAAACUACACGCCAUUAUUUACGAUAGCGUUGUUGGAGCAACGAUGAGAUUCUUCGAUACGAAUCCGGGUGGUAGAAUUUUGAAUAGAUUUUCUAAGGAUAUGGGAGCAAUUGAUGAGGUCUUGCCCAAAGUUAUUUUAGAUUCAACUCAGAUGUUGCUGUCGAUGUUUGGUGGACUGCUGUUGAUUGUGGUUGUUAAUCCGUACUUUUUAGUACUUAUGGCUGUUUUGGGUGUUAUAUUCGGUUUAAUGAGACACGUUUACCUUAGAUCCUCUAAAAAUAUAAAGAGAUUAGAAGGAAUGAUGAGGAGUCCUGUAUUUACUCACCUCAAAGCAACCAUCGAAGGUUUGACGACGAUAAGAGCCUUCGGAGCGGAAAAUAUACUAACCAAUGAAUUCGAUAACCAUCAAGAUUACCACUCGAGCGCUUGGCACAUGUUUCUCGUAUCCAGUUCGGCUUUUGGAUUCUACUUAGACGCUUUCUGCGCAUCCUUCAUAACCGUCCUCGUAUUCAGCUUCCUGGUGUUCGAAGAUAUAUUGACUAUGGGAGGUGGACAAGUCGGACUGGCCAUCACCCAAGCGACGGCUCUCACCGGCUUGUUGCAAUGGGGCAUCAGGCAAUCGGCUGAAGUGGCCAAUCAACUCAUGAGCGUAGAGAGAGUUUUGGAAUACAAGUCGCUGCCGAGGGAAAUCGAGCCGAAACGUCCUGAUACUCCGCCGAAGACUUGGCCACCUAAAGGAGAGAUAAUAUUCGAAGACACUUGCUUGAGGUAUUACGAAGAAGGGCCUUUGGUGUUGAAGCACUUGAAUAUAACUAUUAAACCAAAAGAAAAGGUAGGAGUUGUUGGACGAACUGGUGCAGGUAAAUCAUCUUUAAUUCAAGCAUUAUUCCGGUUGGCUCCUAUCGAAGGUGCUAUAAGAAUCGACGGUAUCGACACCAGGAAUAUCAGCUUAAAGGACCUUCGUUUGAAAAUUUCGAUUAUUCCACAAGAUCCAGUUUUGUUCUCUGGAACGUUAAGAUAUAAUCUCGAUCCAUUCGAUGAGUACAAAGAUGAUGUUUUGUACAAAGCCAUUGAAGAUGUCGAGCUGAAAGACCCCGCGAAUAUCAUUAAUAGAUUAGAAAAUAGAGUGAUGGAUAGAGGCUCCAAUUACAGUGUUGGACAAAGACAACUAAUUUGCUUAGCUAGAGCUAUCAUCAAACAGAACAGAAUUCUUAUGUUGGAUGAAGCUACAGCUAAUGUAGAUCCACAAACUGAUGCAUUAAUUCAGAAAACCAUCCGAAGAAAAUUCGUUGAUUGUUCUGUAAUAACUGUAGCUCAUAGAUUAAACACCAUCAUGGAUUCCGAUAAGGUAUUAGUAAUGGAUGCUGGUCAAGUAGUCGAAUUCGAUCAUCCUCAUCUGCUCCUCCAAAAUCCCAAUGGGAUAUUUUACAAAAUGGUGGCGGAAACUGGAAAAGCUUCCGCUGAACAAUUGAGAAAAAUCGCUGCUGAUAGUUACCAGAAAUUCUCCACACUUCACGAAUAA